AUGGCCACCACUAAGUUAUCCCGAGCCAAGGAGGCCGUGUCUUCAUGGUCAUCAUUCAAAAAGGCCAUUCAAACAGAUGAUUCUCCCGACAAGGAAGAGGCUUCCUCAGCAUACUACAACGCUGAUCUCUUGCCUACGCCGCCAUCGCAGCGAACAUGGACGACCAUGCAUUUCUUUGCAUACUAUCUGACCACCACUUUCAGUCCUUCAUCGUACAACCUGGGUUCUUCACUUGUGAGCAAAGGCCUUCAAUGGUGGCACGGAAUGAUCGCCGCAGUUAUCGGCUCGAUAUUUCUCAGCAUUGUUGUUGUUCUGAAUUCUCGUGGUGCAGCCAAAUACCAUGUCGGAUUUCCGGUCUAUACACGCGCAAGCUCGGGAAUAGGAGGAGCGAAGCUGUUCAUUUUUGUUCGAGCAUCUGUUGCUACUAUAUAUUUUGCGGUGCAAUCAUACUAUGGAGGUCAAUUGACAUCUGUAUGUCUACGAGCGAUGAUUGGACAAAAGUGGGAUAGUAUUCCCAACCAUCUCCCAGCAGACGCAGGUAUUACUUCGAAGAAUCUGCUUGCCUUCUUCAUUUUCUGGAUUUUGCAGUUUCCGGUAAUGUUUCUGCACCCGACUAUUCUCCGACAUCUCUUCGUCUUCAAAGCCGUAUACACGACAGUCGCGCUCUUCGGCGUCAUGGGUUGGGCCAUUCACAAAAAUGGCGGCUCUAUCGGAUCAUUCAGCUUUCAAACAAGCUCAUUGCACGGCAGCGCGCUUGUCUGGCCCAUGAUCUCAGCUAUCAACUCCGUAAUGGGAGCCCUCUGUCCGAUCUUGAUCAACCAGCCUGACGUUGCCAGAUACGCAAAGCGCUAUUCUCAAGUCACUUGGUCUCAGAGCGUUGGUAUUCUGCUUUCUAAAGUCCUCGUCAUGUUCGUUAGCUGUGCGACAACGAGUGCUACAACCGCAAUUUUGGGCAAAGCAUACUGGAAUGUCUGGGACUUGUACAACGCUAUUUUGACGGAGUAUUGGAGUCCCGCCGCACGCGCUGGUAUCUUCUUCGCGAGUCUCGGCAUGAUCCUAGCCAUUAUCGCCACAAAUGCAGGCACAAACUCGCUCCCAGUAGGUGCCGAUACAAGUGGUUUGUUUCCACGAUAUAUCAACAUUGUACGUGGACAGGUCCUUUGUGCAUUACUUGCACCACUAUGCGUGCCAUGGAAGAUUAUCGCUUCAGCAUCAUCCUUCUUAACCUUUCUCGGCUCUUACACCGUCUUCCUCAUGCCAAUCUGUGCUAUCAUGGUUGUCGACUAUUGGAUUAUUAGAAAGGGUAAUUUCCAUAUUCCAUCACUAUAUACGAAGGCCCCCGGAACCCCAUACGCGUAUUGGCACGGUUGGAAUCCACGGGCUUUGGUAGCAUGGGUCUGCGGCGUGGUCUUUGUGGUACAUGGAGUCGCCGGUAGUCUACAUCCAGGAAGUGUCAAUGCAGCAAGUACACGCAUGUACAGCUUAGGCUUCUUCUUGAGCUUCCUUAUGGGUGGGUUUGUGUUCUAUUUACUUAACCUGGUGUGGCCGGUUCCCAUUUACCCAACUUCAGCUGAGGCAGAUACACCCAAGACAUGGGAGUAUAUGACUACCACAGAAGGUAUGCUGGAUGAAGACUCGAUGGAUAUGAUCACGGGAGGAAGAAUUCUAAAUGGAUUAGAAGAUGGAAGCCACAUUAGAGAUGAGAAUGUCACCAUGAGUGAGAAGGCUUAUCUUUCUGUUUGA